UUUUUUUUUUCAUUAAAUGGAUUCUAUUACUGCCAAUUUCAAGUGUAACAACGUCUAUUCGAAUACAGAGAUUUCUCCAUACUUUUUAAUUGGAGCAGGAAACUAUAUAACAAUGAAUUACAACGAUAAUUACAUUAAGAAAGAGGAUGAAGAGAGAUAUUCCUCACCAGAUUUAGUGAAGGAUAAUGCAGUACUUUAUUAUCCUAAUGCAUGCUUAUUUUGUGGAGUUCCUAAUGGAUCAUUAAAGCAGAAAGAAGAUAAGAAAUUAUGUAUUAAAGAAGAACAGUUGAUUACUAUUACAGCAGCACCUAUCAUUACUACUCCAGCACUUGACUAUAGUAAAGCAAAUCAAAAUCUACCCUCUCUUAAUCCAUUAUUGACCCUUACCAUAAAUAAGCAACCUUAUUCUCAAAAUUAUGUCGUUCACAAGCUUACAUGUGCUAUUAAACGGGCUCAUUUUUUAUUUGAAUAUACAAGAAAAUUUAUAAUUAGGAAAAGACUUCAUUUCCCCGUCGUUGCUCAUAAUAGAAAGCGAACAGUGAUACCAUCAUCAUUCUAUUAACGAUUCUAUACAUUAGUUUAAUAUUCCCUUCCUUCUGUGUAAUAGCAGCCAUAGACUACUCUAUUCUAUCUAUAAUGUGAAUCUCUUAAAUCAUAGUAAUAAUAAACAGUUUGUAGAGUUGCAUAGAUUGAAAAUACGAAAUGAUAUAGCUUUAUAUGUAAUUAUAGUGACCUUACAUAUGUACAGAAGUAUUAUAUGAAUUGGCAGUAUAGCAUAUACAGUACAUAAUAUAAAUAUGUAAUUCUAUAUAUAUAUAAUCUUCCCCUUUUUUCUUUCUUUCUUUCUUUCUCUUUCUCUUUCUCUUUCUCUUUCUCUUACUCUUACUCUUACUCUUACUCUUAU